GAGACAGAAGAAUGGAAAAUCCAUGCGGGGAUCAAAUCUGACACACCCAUUUCUCUCUCUUUUUCGAUCCAAUCUCCUUAGAUUUUUCUUCGCAAACGAAGCGAACUCGAAGGGAUUCUUCUCCUACUCGUCUGUCACUUCUUCAUCCACCGGAGCGUCCUUUCCUCUCUUUCUCCAUCCCUUCCUCUCCGGCGACGGCGAUGCCUCGGCCGCGUCAUUUCCGGUCCAUAUGUCUCGCAAUCUUUCUCGGGAGCUUGUUGUUGUUCGUCCAUGGCGACAGUAAUCCCUCCGAUGUGUCUACGAUUACUCCCAUCAACCGCGAUCUCUACCACUCCAGUGGUGAUUUAAUGGAGCUGAUAAAUUCCUUGGUACACCGUCAUCCGGAUAAGCUCUCUCUUGAGACGAUAAAAUCUGGAAACAAGGGUUACCAGGCCGAGCUCAUGGUGGUUACAUAUUGUCGAGGUGGCAGAGAGAUUGAUGACCGGUCGAAGUUUAGGAUCCUUCUUACUUUUGGGCAGCAUGGGAGAGAACUAAUCACCUCGGAACUCGCCUUCCGAAUUCUGUCCAUUUUGAGUGAGGAACAGUUCCUACCUAAGACGGAUCGAGCAACCUUGAACAGCACCCUAAGCAAGCUUAUCAUAAAGCUGGUGCCUAUAGAAAACUUGAACGGACGUAAACGUGUCGAAGCCGGAGAUCUUUGUGAACGCAGAAACGGAAGAGGAGUUGACCUAAAUCGAAAUUGGGGAGUUGACUGGGGCAAGAAAGAAAAGGACUAUGAUCCAUAUGAAGAGAAUCCUGGAACUGCUCCUUUUAGUGAGCCUGAAGCUCAAAUUAUGCGAAAGCUGGCAAUAUCAUUUGACCCUCACAUUUGGAUAAAUGUCCACUCUGGAAUGGAGGCUCUGUUUAUGCCUUAUGACCAUAAAAACACAACCCCAGAAGGACUGCCUUCAAAGAAGAUGAGGGCGUUGCUUGAGCAACUGGAUAAAUUUCAUUGCCACAAUCGCUGCAUGAUUGGCUCAGGCGGAGGCUCUGUUGGGUAUUUGGCACACGGAACAGCCACAGAUUACAUUUACGAUGUUGUGAGGACACCGAUGGCCUUCACCUUCGAGAUCUUUGGAGACAACAAAACUUCUUCAAGAGAUUGCUUCAAAAUGUUCAAUCCCAUCGAUCUACCCACUUUCAAUAGAGUUCUCAACGACUGGUCAGCCGCAUUCUUCACGAUUUUCAAACUGGGACCGCUUCAGUUGGACGAGAAUAGUUCAAAGGCCGCAUUGUCGCAUUUGGACAAAUGGGUAUCCAUAGACGAGUACCUAGAUGGCUACUUGAUGGAAAGGAGGAACCGAUACGGGAAAAACAUGGAAGUGAUCGAUGUUGGGAUGCAGGAAAUAAAAACGUACUUCAGACUCUUCUUGUUAUCCUCGGUACUUCUGAUGUUCAUGUUCUGUUCCAGGAUAGCAAAGAGCAAGUACAGUAGAACCUCCAUCCCCAUCAUGCCUUCGUAACCCCCCUCCCUCUGAAAACCUGUAAGUUAUUAGCGGUUUGUGCUCUGAAUUAUUCGCGUUAGUAUAGGAUUCUUUCGGUUCCGAGCUAAGACCGUAAUAUUCUUUGGAACGAUAUGAUACGAUUCUAAAUUUAAAAGGAGCCAUUGGUUAGAAUUUUUAUAAACCUCUCCAUUUGUACAGUAUGAUGAAUCAAUGAAUUUGUCUUGAGUUGUUCUCUUUUC